AUGGUAAGAAAAAUUAUGAAUGAUCAGAAAAUCAUCACAGCUGAUUCUGGACAGAACAUCACUCUGACAUGUCGAGCUCCAAAUAGCAACAACAUCAUAGUUGUAGAGUGGAGCAGAGCUGACCUGGAAGAUGAAUAUGUCUAUAUGUACCGAGAUGAGGGGCCUGUACUUGAAGACCAGCAUCCAUCUUUUAAGAACCGGGUGGAUCUGCAGGACAGACAGAUGAAGGAUGGAGACGUGUCUUUGAUUCUGAACAAUGUGACAAUUAAUGAUACUGGAACAUACGAGUGUCGUGUCUUUAUGAGAGAACGAAACCGCAGGAAGAGAGCUCAUCUGAAGACCGACCCCAUCAGCAUCAUCGACCUGAGUGUUGUUGUUCCUCCAGGUCAACCAGGAGACGACAACAAAGAUGAAGGUGGAGGGAAGGAAGAUGGAUCUGUUGGACUGAUCGUCAGUCUGAUAGUUUCUGCUGUGCUUCUUGCUGCUACUGUUGUUGGAUUUUUGAUCUACAGAAAACAUAAACAGCAGAAUCAGGGUCCAUACUCCUGAGUAAUUGCAGCACACUUAAGAUGUCUUUGAGU